AUGUGCAGACAUUUCAUCUCAAACUGCAUGUUGAUCCUCUUCUUCGUAUCAGAUCCGAUGCUCUCUACUUCACUGCCAGACUGCAGCAAGACCCCAAACGCCCCUGCCGUGCAACGAGCAUCCCCAUCCACUCUGCCCUGGUUCGGCGGAAGCAUCAUCAUCUACGGCCAGAACCUGCAGCAUGUUGUCAAGGUGCAGGUCGGUUCCAAACUCUGCAAGAGUCUACAGCAUUCCUCGUCGCGCUCCAUCUCAUGCAUCGUCCAGCCCACAGAGGAGCCCAAAGCUCGCAUUGGAUUCAUCGCGUCCUCGUGUGAGCUGACGUCUCAGCAGUGGAUUCACUUCCAUGGAUGGACCGAGAAGGAGGGCUGGAUAUGGAGAGCAGCAGCGAGUGGAGGAGACUUGCCCAGUCCCCGGGCCGGACACUCGCUCACAGUCGACCAGUCAGGAAGGUUGCUGUUGUUUGGAGGGAUCACAGAGAUAGGGUCAAUGUCAGAUCUUUAUGUCCAUGAUGGCAAGUGGUCGAAGAUCGGAACAAAAUCCUCACCAGCACCUCGCAGUGAACAUGUUGCUUGGAUGUACGAAAACUUCCUCUACAUCUUCGGGGGAUGGUAUAAUGCAGACUUCGAGAAUGCAGAUUCGAGCCCGGUCUCCACCGGUAACAGAACAGCGGCUGUCGAGUCAGUUGUAUACAACGACAUGCAUCGAUAUGAUCUUGCGGAUGGAAGGUGGCGGACAUUUUCUCAGCUGAGCGGGACCCCGUCCCGGCGACGAGGAGCCUGUACGGUCAGAGACUCUGACGCCGUUUAUCUGUUCGGGGGGCAUGACAGCGUCGGGUCAAGCAUGGUAGGACCUCAGGACGACGGUCUCUACUCUUUGAAUCUUGUCAACCUGCAAUGGACGAGAAUGACCAAGAAUGGUAGGACUUCACCGCCUCCCUUGGCCUACGCCGCCAUGGUUAUGUGGGAUGAUGGAACCGGCCAGCCGUCCCUCUACCUGUUCGGAGGAAUGCAGCCGAGGAUGCAACUGACUAGCGACCUCUGGAGCUACAACCUGCAGUCUAGGACGUGGAAGCAGAUGUUUCCCAAGGCUGCUGUCCUCCCUUUCUCUUCCUUCGUGGGCAGACAAAUGCACUUGAUGGUUCCUAUGCACGACAGGCUCUUCGUCUUCGGCGGUCAGAGCGUCAAGGCCAGCAAGGCUUUUUGCGUGAUCUUUGAAGUCCUCACAGGGAAGUGGAAGGACGAAUCUUGCCUCUUCGACGCUUCAAGCAUCUGCAGACUCCCGGUGCAGAACGUUUCCGACACGAGUGCAUCCUCCUCCGCAGCCUCCUCCUCCUCCUGCUACCAACUUCAACUAGAAGGACAAAGGCUCCUGACUGGCGUGAACGUGUCGGGCACUUAUCGGGCAACAGGGGAGCAGCUGGAGGGGAGACUAGUCUACAAGAAGGUGGACCUGAACUUCGAGGUGGGGGAUACGGCAACCUUGAUCUUCUACUGGGCGAGCUACUGGGUUGUGGGCCCGGCUGUGAUCCCUUACCGGCUCAAGGACCUCCAGCUGGUGAUGGAACCCUCUCAAGCUGGAUCCUCCUUCCUCUACGCCUCCUCAGGGGCCUCGAGUCCGGUGGAGGCAGCAGGAUGGAACGAGAUCGACCCGCUGUCCAAGAUGUGGCAAGCUUCGCCCUCCUUCAGCGUCCGCUGCUCCAGCUCGUUGGCCUGCAACGGAGUCAUCUUCCAGCAGGAGUGUUGGCACCUCGUCAAGCAGAAGAAGAUUUACGGUGCAGCACGCAAGCACUGUGCGCGUCUCGGGGGGAGGCUGGCGGGGAUCCAUACGAAGUUCGAGAAUGACUUUGUGUUUACCUUCCUGCAGCAGACCAUGUCGUCAGAUCCCUACGUGUGGAUCGGCCUGCAUCACAACUCCACAUGGUCAUGGGAGGACGGGCUGAGCUCUUUCUUCUACAACUGGGCGUACGCCUCAGUCUACCAGGAGCAAGCAUGGUUCAUCCAUCGGGCCACUGACUCUAACGAGCUCGAACUCCUGCCUGCUUCUCCAUGGUGCGGGCCAGCGUUGACGGUCGUGCAGGCGGCAGCAGCCAUGGCGAACGGCUCCCUCAUGGUGUUCGGAGGGCUCGAUGACUCCAAGUUCUCCUCAACGUUGCACGAGUUUGUCGCUCUGAGCGCCGGGGAGAUGUUUUCCUGGGAACCGACAGUCGACGAUGUCCGGCCGCAUCUCGCAAUCUCCCCCCAUCAAAGUCUGACGAUCUUCGGCCGCGGCCUGUGCCACCCCAACCUCUCGGCAUCCAUCGGAGCCGAAGCUUGCACCAAGAUCCGUUCGCUCUCCUCGUCCCAGCUCUUGUGUGAGGUCCCUAUGGGUGUGGGCGCAAAUUUGCCCAUUGGGCUCCACCACGAGCCCUUUCAACUCGCUCCCUUGCAGCAGCAAUUCCUCUUCAACUACACUCCUCCGGCCAUCACGUUCAUCGAACCGACCGAGGGCAGCACAGCAGGGGGGGAGGUGCUGACAAUUCACGGGAAGUACUUCGGAGGGGCCGGAGUAGAUCGAGCCGUGUACGUGGGAGGGAAGUCAUGCCAGAAGGUGACAUGGGAGGAAGACAAGGCUGCUGAGUGUCAGGUCCCGGCGAACAGCGAUGGUGGGAAGGCAACAGUGAAGGUUAUAGUUGGGGGGCAGGUGUCGACCUGGGAUGCUUACGUGUACGCCGUGGAAGUCCCCCGAUUGAUCUCAAUCCAUCCCAGCACGGGUCCAGCAGCGGGAGGACACGUCAUCACCGUAGAGGGGGAGAAUCUGAAUCUGCUGCAGUCCAUCGCGCUCAACGACACUGCCUGCUCCAUCACCAUGCAACAGCCGACAAGCGUAACAUGCAUGGUUGGCCCGAUGAUCGGGAGGGGAUGGAGGGUCAACGGGAUUGAUAGCAGGGGGGUGCGAGUGGUGUCAGGAGCUCUCGUGUACGACGUUGACCCCCCCAUGGUGACUGGCUUCCUCGCUCUGCGCCCUACAGCAGGCGGAUCGUAUCCCACACUAGGGGCUGACAUCGUCAUUGUGGGGAGAAACUUCGGUACGACGCGAUCGCGCGUCAGAGUUUUCAUUGGCUCCUCCGCCGCCUUGACGUCCUUCUGGGUGGAUGACACUAUGAUCAACUGCCGUGUUGCAGCUGGAGUUGGAUCCCAGCUGGAGUUGAGGGUGGACGUUGCUGAGCAGCGUGCUCGCAUCCUACAAGGGCUGAGGUUCUCGUACAAUCCCCCUGUCGUAGAGCAAGUGAAGCCGGACAGGCUUCUCUGGGAUGAACUGCAGCUGGUGACCAUGCUGGGGUCGAGCUUCGGGCGUUCGAGGGAGAACGUGAGCAUCUUCAUCCGAUCUCCCAGGGGCGUUCUCAGAAUCCCGCCGGCAUUCAACAACGACUCGCUGCUCACCUUCCAGCUGAGGCCAUGGCUGGAUGGAGUCGUGAGGCCUCCGGCCCGGUACCAGAUGAACGCGCAGCUCUCCUUCGCCGUCAAGGUGGCGAACCAGGUCGGUAUGAAGAAGGUCUGGCUGGUAGCAGCCUCCAGUAGCCUCAACGUCACUGUGCAAGGGAACUCAGACAGUGUCAAUGCUCUCGUCUCCUCCCUCUCCUCGCUGGCUUCAGUGCAGGGGGAUGCUAUCCCUGCAAGAGACGUGCAUGUCCAGAGCAUCCGCAGGAGCGCGUUCGGAAACUGGUCACUUGGCCACCAGAACUUCAGCUCUGCUGCAGCUGUGGUUUACUCCGUGCGCUUCCUUUCCUCUGUGGGCGAUCAAGAGUCAGGGGUGAGGAGGUUUCGGCGCGCGAUCUCAGAGCUUCGAUCCUGCUGCCGGGAGGAAUUCUGUGACGUCAAUAGCAGGGCCUGCGGGUUGCGCUGCCUCAGAUGGACAUGCAAGCCGCUGUCUCCUCUUCCUCCCUUCCUCUGCAUCAUUCCGUACUCCCCAGGCCCAGCAGCUGAAGCCCAGGAAACCCCCAGCAAGAACCGGUCGAGUGCCGGGAAGUUCCUUGCUCAGCAUGUACCGAUGGUGCUCCACGAAGAUUUCACCACGAGGUGGAUCAUUCCGACCGCCUCUGUCUCCUCCUUGUUGCUCAUCGUGCUUGUCAUCGCCAUUGUCAUCGUGCGGUACGAGCAGCAGUACCAGAAGGAGGCGCAAAAUGAGGAGGUCAACGUGGAGUCCGACUCCAGCUCGACCUCGGAUCCAAACGAGUUCGACGUGUUCGAUCUGGAGGAGGAAGCCUCGCAGAGCUCGAGGAACAUCGAGAUGGCGGUCCUUGCUGAUGACGUGUCCGGCAAGGAAGACGUCGAGAUGAAAGAGCUGAGCCCCCUCUCCAAGGGCAGCAAGAUCGACGCGCUGCGAGCAGGCUUGUUUCACGUGUUGUGCUCACUUGGCUAUGAGGAGGAAGGAGACGCGGAAGAGCCGCAGGAGUAUCUCAUGCUCACCAUCGCUAAGCCCAAGCCCAAGCCGACUCAUCAUGCCAUGCCUCAAGAGAGCCUGCAGCAGACCCGCAACCAAGCCACAGCACAGGCACAUGCUCGGCAGGUUGAGGAUAUGGACAGAGCAUCUGUUCGAGGAGGAGAGAAAAGCACAGUAGCAGCGAUAGAUGAGGACAAGGACAAGAAAGACAGAACCUUGACCAGCCGUCUCAACGCCGGACUUGGCAACAUCGCUGACAAGAUUCGAGGGCUCGACGUGAGAAGACGCCAGCAGGCUCGCUAUGACUCGCUCGGAACGGAAGACGAACCCGAUGAUCCCGAUGAGGAGUCGGCUUCUGAGGACUCCGAAGCAGAGGACAGCGCAAGAAGUUUGCUUAAUGGCGAUGAGCAAAGUGAUCAAGGAGACGAAGAGGACCAAGAGGGAUGA